UUAGACAUUUUUAUAUCUUUAAAAUACAAUCAGAAACAAAGAAAAUUAGAAUUAAAAGAAAAUAGAUCGUACGAGUCCAAAUUUCCAAUUCUAAAAUUCUCUCUUUCUUCGUUUCUUCUUCGCCAUGGGAAACUUGUGGAACACUUCACUUUUUGACAUUCAAAGUUGUAUAUAGAAACUUGUAGACACAGUUACAGUGUUAUUAGAUAUUUGAAUUGAAGAAUUGAUCAGUAGAAAGUUCGCGAAGAUGUUGGAAGAUCAGGUAGCGUACUUGUUGCAGAGGUAUUUGGGGAACUAUGUUAGAGGACUCAACAAAGAAGCUCUCAAAAUCAGUGUUUGGCAAGGUGACGUAGAGCUAGUAAAUAUGCAAUUAAAACCAGAGGCUCUCAAUGCAUUGAAGUUACCUGUAAAAGUCAAGGCAGGGUUUCUUGGAUCUGUGAGACUCAAGGUACCGUGGAGCAGGCUUGGCCAAGAUCCAGUUCAAGUUCACCUGGAUGGUAUUUUCUUAUUAGCUGAGCCAGCAACCCAAGUUGAAGGAUCUACCGAAGAUGCUGUCCAAGAAGCUAAGAAGAGUAGAAUACGAGACAUGGAAACAAAGCUUCUGGAGAGUAGACGAAUCCUACAGACAGAAAUGAAUAAGUCCUGGUUGGGGUCUUUGAUCAACACAGUAAUUGGGAAUUUAAAGCUUUCAAUUUCAAAUAUCCACAUCAGAUAUGAAGAUCUUGAGAGCAAUCCUGGCCACUCUUUUGCAGCUGGUAUGACCUUAGAGAAACUAUCAGCUAUGACAGUAGAUGAGAGCGGGAGUGAAACCUUUGUAACUGGAAAUGCAUUGGAUUUUAUACAGAAGUCUGUAGAACUUGAACGGCUAGCUUUUUAUUUCGAUUCUGAUAUCAGUCCGUGGCAUAUUGACAAACCUUGGGCAGAUUUGCUACCACUGGAGUGGGACAAGAUUUUCAGAUAUGGAACGGAUAAUGGCAAACCAGCUGACGGCCACAUUAAAGAGCAUUCUUACAUUUUGCAACCAGUGACUGGGAAAGCUAAGUUCUCGAAACAGCGCCCUAAUCCUUCACUUGAUAAUACGGAACCUCUACAAAAGGCAGUUGUGGCUCUGGAUGAUGUGACUCUUUGUUUGUCCAAGAAUGGCUAUAGGGAUUUAUUAAAGUUGGCCGAGAACUUUGCUGCCUUCAAUCAACGGUUGAAAUAUGCUCAUCUUCGUCCACAUGUCCCGGUGAGAUCUGAUCCAAAAUCAUGGUGGAAGUAUGCUUAUCAAGCUUUGUCUGAUCAGAUAACGAAGGCCAGUGGAAAGUUGUCAUGGGAGCAGGUCCUGCGAUAUACGAGGUUGCGGAAGAAAUAUAUCUCUUUGUAUGCUUCAUUGCUGAAAUCUGAUCCUGAUCGGAUAGUAAUAGAUGAUAAUAAAGAUUUAGAAGAACUGGAUCACACGCUUGAUGCUGAAAUCAUUCUUCAAUGGAGGAUGAUGGCGCACAAGUUUGUGCAGCAGUCAGUAGAGUCAGAUUCCUACCUAAAAAAGCAAAAGUCAAAGAAAUCUUGGUGGUCUUUUGGCUGGACCAGCCAAUCAGUUGAAGAAGGAAGUGAGCAAGCAGGGUUUACUGAGGAAGACUGGGAGAGGUUAAAUAAUAUAAUUGGGUAUAAAGAAGGUGAAGAAGAACCACUGUUGGCAACUCAUGACCGGAGAGAUGUGCCACAUACCACCUUGGAGGUUCACAUGAAGCACAAUGCCUCAAAGCUUAGUGAUACUCACAACUGCCUUGCUGAUUUGUCAUGUGAUAACCUUGAUUGUUAUAUAAAGCUUUAUUCAGAAGCAAAGGUUUUUGACGUAAAACUAGGAUCAUAUCAAUUAUGGUCUCCAAAUGGCCUUCUCGCUGAGAGCGCUACUGUCAAUGAUUCCUUGGUUGCUGCAUUCUGCUACAAGCCUUUCGAUUCCAACAUUGACUGGAGAUUAGCAGCUAAAGCUUCUCCCUGCUAUGUGACUUAUUUGAAGGAUUCCAUUGACCAAAUUAUCAACUUUUUUGAAAGUAAUGCUGCUGUAAGUCAGACCAUAGCUCUGGAAACAGCUGCUGCAGUACAGAUGACAAUUGAUGAAGUCAAACGAACUGCACAGCAACAAGUAAACAGAGCUCUGAAGGAUCAGUCCAGGUUCUUCCUGGAUUUGAAUAUUGCGGCUCCAAAAAUUACCAUUCCUACAGAUUUCUGUCCAGAUAACACUCACUCAACUAAGCUGCUUCUUGACUUGGGAAAUUUGGUGAUUUCUACAAAGGAUGAUUCUGAAUUUGUCGCACCUGAGGAGAUGAAUAUGUACGUUCAGUUUGAUAUGGUCCUCAGUGAUGUUUCUGCUUUCCUGGUUGAUGGUGAUUACUAUUGGAGUCAAACCCCUACAAAUGGAGUUGGUCCAUCUAGGUCUAACUUUGUUGCUUGGUUGCCUGUUAUUGACAAGUGUGCAGUGGUUCUAAAGCUUCAACAGAUUCGGCUAGAGAAUCCCGCCUUUCCUUCGACGAGACUUGCAGUGCGUCUUCCGUCUUUAGGAUUCCAUUUUUCUCCUGCUCGGUAUCAUCGGUUGAUGCAAGUUGCAAAGAUAUUUGAAGGAGAGGAAAGAAAUGAUUCAGAUGUUUAUCGUCCUUGGACUCAAUCUGAUUUUGAAGGGUGGUUGGGUCUUCUUACCUGGAAGGGUGUUGGUGGUAGGGAGGCUGUAUGGCAGCGGAGAUACCUAUGUAUAGUUGGAACCUUUCUUUAUAUACUGGAAAAUCCUGGCUCUAGAUCUUACAAGCAGUAUACCAGUUUACGAGGAAAACAACUAUAUCAAGUUCCUCCAAAUGAUGUUGGCGACGAACAACAUGUGUUGGCUGUCUAUAGUGCUGAAAGAGCCACCAACGUUGUGGAAGAUGCAAAUGCUCUAAUAUUACGUUGUGACUCUGAAGAUUUAAAGAAGACAUGGCAGAGCCACUUGCUCGGGGCCAUCUAUCGUGCAUCGGGAUCAGCUCCAAUUACUGGUUUAUCUGAAUCAUCAUCUGAGUCUGAAGACUAUGAAGCUGAUCAUGCAGACAAUCAUGAUUUAAUGGAUCUGUCAAAAAUGGAGAGUGUGUAUUUGACCGGUAUUCUUGAUGAGUUAAAGAUGUGCUUCAAUUAUAGUCAUGAGCAUGAUCAAAGUUUUACUAAGGCACUUCUAGCUGAGGAGAGGGGCUUAUUUGAAUUUCGAGCAACGGGUGGUCGGGUUGAGUUUUCAAUUAGAGGCAAUGAUAUUUUUAUAGGGACUCUCCUGAAAGCUCUGGAGGUAGAAGAUUUGGUGUGCCAGACAGGGAUAUCUGGCUCUUGUUAUCUAGCACGAUCCUUCAUCAGAAAUGUUGGUGCACCCCCCCUUUUAAAUGAUGUCGAAAGCCAGAGCAAUGAAUUUAGUCAAUAUGAUGGAGAAGAGAAGUUUUAUGAGGCAUCUGAAAAUUUAAAUGACCUGACUGAUAGUCCGUAUUCAUCUGGAAAUUUUUUGUCAUCAGAAAAGACCAUGUCAAAGGCUCCUAGUUUUAAUCGUUUUGCUGGUCUUCUGCCUAUUGAUGUUCAUGAUAAUGGAACUAAUUCUGUAAAACUGACUGAUACAUUAGAUAGUUUCGUGAAGGCUCAAGUGGUUAUUUAUGACCAGAAGUCACCUCGCUAUACUAGCAUUGAUACAAAGGUAGCUGUCACACUUGCUACCUUGUCUUUUUUCUGUCGUAGGCCAACAAUACUGGCAGUGAUGGAAUUUGUAAAUGCCAUUAAUGUGGGGGAGGAAAGCUGUGAAUCUUUCAGUGACACUUCUUCAUCAGCCAUUACACAACAUGAUAGUUCCAAGGAAAAUGUGGUUGAUUCGCAGUUGUUUGAGACAGCUGAUCUGCCUGCAGUGAAAGGUUUGCUUGGGAAGGGGAAGUCUAGAAUUAUUUUCGGUCUGACACUGAACAUGGCUCGUGCCCAGAUCUUGCUGAUGAAAGAGGGUGGAUCUAAGCUCGCUACCUUGUCUCAGGAUAAUUUUCUUACUGAUAUCAAGGUCUGUUGUUUCCAUCAACUUUGA